AUGGGAAGGAGGGUUUGCCCUGGGGCUGGGCUGGGACAACGUGUGGUGGGAUCGACUUUGGGUUCUUUGAUUCAGAGCUUUGAAUGGGAUAGAGUUAAUGCAGAGAAGGAUGAUUUGGCUGAAGGCACAGGACUCGCAAUGCCCAGAGCCAACCCUUUGGUGGUCAUGUGCAAACCGCGGGAAGUAAUGGGCAAG